GGGCUCCUUCAAGUGAUCUUGCUGUGCCUGCUUCUACUGCUGCUCAAGGCAGCCCAGUUCUACCUGCAUCGGCAGUGGCUGCUGAAAGCCAUCCAGCAGUUCCCGUCUCAUCCUUCCCACUGGCUCUUUGGGCACAGCCAGGAGCUCCAACAGAACCAGGAGCUACAACAGAUUCAGAAAUGGGUGGAGACAUUCCCAAGUGCCUGUCCUCAUUGGCUAUGGGGAGACAAAGUUCUUGUCCAGCUCUAUGACCCUGACUACAUGAAGGUGAUUCUGGGGAGAUCAGACCCUAAAGUUACAGAAAUCUCCAGACUCCUGGCUCCCUGAAUUGGGUAUGGUUUGCCCCUGCUGAAUAGGCAGAAGUGGCGCCAGCACCGGCGGAUGCUGAUCCCAGCCUUCCAUUUUAACAUCCUGAAGCCCUAUGUGGGGCUCAUGGUGGACUCCGUACAAGCGAUGCUGGACAAAUGGGAGGAGCUCAUUGGCCAGGACUCCCCUCUGGAUGUCUCUCAGCAUGUCUCCUUGAUGACUCUGGACAUCAUCAUGAAGUGUGCCUUCAGUUACCAGGGCAGCGUCCAGUUGGACUGGGAUAUCCAAUCCUACAUCCAGGCCAUUGGGGACCUCAAAAACCAGUUUAUUUCCUGCAUGGGCAAUGUCUUUCAUCAGAAUGACACAAUCUACAACCUGACCCCUACCGGCUGCUCAAACCACCAUACCUGCCAGCUUGUCCAUCAGCACACAGAUCAAGUGAUCCAACUGAGGAAGGCUCGCCUGCAGGAGGAGCGGGAGCUGGAGAAGGUCAGGAGAAAGAGGCAUUUGGAUUUCCCAGACAUCCUCCUUUUGGCCAAAAUGGAGAAUGGCAGCAGCUUGUCAGACAAGGACCUCCGUGCUGAGGUGGACACAUUUAUGUUUGGAGGACAUGACACCACAGCCAGCAGCAUCUCCUGGAUCUUCUGUGCUCUGGCCACACACCCCAAGGUUCAGCAGAUGUGCCCGGAGGAGAUCCAGAGCCUCCUGGGAAAUGAAGCCUCCGUCACCUGGAACCACCUGGACCAGAUGCCCUACACUACCAUAUGCAUCAAGGAGGCACUGAGACUCUACCCACCGGUGCCAAGCAUUAGCAGAGAGCUCAUCACUCCUGUCACCUUCCCUGAUGGGCGCUCAUUGCCCAAAGGAUUGAAAGUCAGCCUUUCCAUUUAUGGCCUUCACCACAACCCGAAGGUGUGGCCAAACCCAGAGGUGUGUGACCCUUCCCGCUUUGCUCCGAGUUCUGCUCAACAUAGCCAUGCUUUCCUGCCCUUCUCUGGAGAAUCAAGGUGA